CUCCGACGGAGGGACGCAGAACACCAUCGAAGCUGGACAGGGGUGCCGCCUUGGGAGCUCUGCGCCUUCUGGCUCUACCUUUCCGCCGACAGCCAGGAGAAGGUGCGGCCAGCAGCGAGGCUUCCGAGGCCUUGGGUCCAUGCUUGACGGGCACACCGGUCGGACUGGCAAGAGAUCCACUGGCGCGGCAAUUGGCAAUGGCAUUGUUGCUGCCCCGUACCCUGGGUGAACUUCAACUCUACCGUGUCCUCCAGAGAGCCAACCUCCUCUCCUACUAUGAGACCUUCAUCCAGCAGGGCGGUGAUGAUGUGCAGCAACUGUGCGAGGCUUGUGAGGAGGAGUUCCUGGAGAUCAUGGCUCUGGUUGGCAUGGCGACCAAGCCACUCCAUGUCCGGCGCCUCCAGAAGGCUCUGCGGGAGUGGGCAACCAAUCCUCGUCUCUUCAACCAGCCAGUGCCCUCCAUACCUGUAAGCAGCAUACCACUCUUCAAGAUCUCCGAGUCCGAAGGCCAUAAAUCACUCACCAAUGGACACACCAGUCCAGUGGAGAUCCCUGGCAAAACCAGUGCCACUUCUCCUUCCAAAAGCCCAUCCGAGCCACAAGAGAAGAUGUCCCCCUUGCCAGCCAUGCAAUGGGGGAACCCCGAGUCUGAAGAAGAAGGAGGGGUAACCUCACCCAGCGAUCCCCCAACAUCCACUGAGCAUCUCGAUCCAGAGCUGGCCCAUGCAGUGUCUGAGGGGGUGGAUCGUUUGUUGCGCAGCUGCCCACGCAGCGGAGAUGUAGAAUUGAAGACUCUCCUGAAGCUGAAUAAGAAGUUGGCUAAAACAGUGGGGCAUAUCUUCCAGAUGGACAACGGGGAUCCUCACAAAGAAGAAGAGAUCCGGCGUCACAGUGCCAUCUAUGGGCGGGGUGAGACACGCCGAUGCGAGGGCAAACAGUUCACCCUUCAUGAGCUCACAAUUAAUGAGGCUGCUGCUCAAUUCUGUCUGCGAGACAAUUCACUGCUGUUGCGUCGUGUGGAAUUGUUCUCACUGUCACGUCAGGUGGCUCGGGAGAGCAGCUAUCUCUCUUCACUGAAAGGUUCUAGGCUGCGUCCAGAUGAAAACUGUGGUGGACAAGCUAAGCGCUUCAAGCAGGAGGUUACAGAACACAGUCGCCCUGAGCUUCCUUUGGUCUGUGAACCCUUCCUUCCUCCAUACCGAUCCAGCGUAGAAGACGACGCAGCCAGCUUGUCUGGGGAAAGCUUAGAUGGACAUCCGCAAGCUACUGGGUCAUGUCCCCGACUUACGCCACCCCCCAACACCGCUUCGGAUGCACUACUGAGCCUCCCGCCACAUGGCUUAUGGAGCCGUCACAUCCUGCAGCAGACACUAAUGGAUGAAGGGCUGCGAUUGGCCCGGCUGGUGUCCCACGAGCGAGUGGGACGGCUCAGCCCCUGUUUGCAAGGAAAACCCCAGAUGCCUGAGUUUGGGGAAACUCUUUCUGAGCGAUGCCAGCCUCCAGCAGCACAGCCUGAGGCAAGAAGAAACAGCAUUAAGGUGGAACCAGACACCAGCCGGCAGUGAGAAGCAGGGACGGCCUUGGUCAGCCAUUAAGCAAUAAUACUCCGGCCAGCUCUGAGCAUUAGACAGGGGGGCUGUCCUCUGCGUCAUUCCCAGAGAGGCUGUGGGACUUCCUCGCAGAAGGCGAGGAAACUGUCAUAACUAGCACAACCAACUCUUCACCCUAUUCUCUUCAUGAAGCGGAGAGCAUGCUUUGGCUCAAAAACAGAAGAGCAUGGACCUAUGGACAGCAAAUGACGGAGGAAGGAAGCCUGCCAUCUUAAUUUAACUCAGCACAGAAGAGAGGUGCCCUGGCUACAGUUGAUAGGACGAGCUCAGGUAGACCAAAUCUCUGGCCCUCUGAUGGACUAAUGGAAGGUCAUACUUACCCUCACAGCCUUUCCUCCCACGUGAGACUUGAAACUGAGGGGUACAUAGCCAUAAAAAAAGCACAUACGUAUCCUGUACAUAUUUUAUUGAAAGGCAUAUAAGUGAUUGGCCAUAAACAAUAUAUCUUGUUCCCAAAUUGUCCCAUACUCCCGUACUCUCAACCACACACAUACACAUGAAACAUGUUUGUCGUUGCCUUUCAGUCUUUGUCACAGAUGUUUCCUGUAUGCGCAGAAACUGCAUCCCCAGGACUGUUUGUAGCCACACACACCCUGCAAACCAUUUUGCAAAUUGCCAUAGCAAGGAUAAUUCUUGAUGUGACAGAAGGAAGAAAAAAGAUG